CCUUUACUUCCCGGCUUGCAGGGCUCACAGAAACCUUGGCGGGACAAAUAACUAGGAGCACGUAUACAAGUCGUAGUGACCAUUGGAGCUGGGAGCUCUGCCCCAGGCAGGGAAGCGCAAGUGGUGCGCGGCGUGAGGGGCGCGGUGCCGGCAGCUGCGCACAGGGCCGCGCGGAUACUAGCCGCGUAGCCUGCAGCGACGUCAUGGGCCGACCUUUCAAAGUUGGCGGCAGCCGGUGGCGAUGGCGACGAAUCGUGAGACGCGCGCUCAGGAGUGCCAAGUUUGGAGCGGAGACUUCGGGCUGGUACAGCCGACCCGCGGUCCAGCUGUCCGCCGGCCCGGCUGCGGGCCGCUACCAACCCGGCUGGUGUAUGCUACAAAACGCAUUGUUGCGCCCUUACAGCUUACUGCGGUCCUGGAAAUUGUGUAGAGAGCGCGCGUUUGCGGGCCCGCCGGCCCCUGACCUGGAUCCGGUCCGAAGCACGUUUCUGGUUGAUCGCGCGGGAUUCCGGCGAUCUGCACUCUCCAACAUCAACUUCGACUUGCGGUCCAACAGCUAACCAAGUGCCCCGGCAGUAGCAGCUACAGCCUGUAUCCUUCCGCAACCACGCGCCGAUCAGCCUUGACGCCAACCCUGACCGACACGGCUUACACCAGCGCGGACGUGGGCGCUGCACAACGCGCGCUGCGCCAUGGCGCGUUCGAGCCCUACCGCAGCAGCGGCGCUGCUGCUGGCUGCGUUGCUAGGCGCGUCGGUGGCGGCUAGCCCGGCCCUGGCACAGCUGCAGGGGCCCCGCCGCGCUCUUCGUCAGGCGGCCAACGCCACCGCCGCCGCCAGCGCCAGCGCACUCGCACAGGCCGCCGGCGCCGGCAACGCACAGGCGGUCGCGCAGGCCAUCGCCAGCGCCAACGCCAGCAACUCGAACGCAGUGGCCCAGUCCUUGGCGCAGGCCGCCGCUCAGGGCGGCACCGCGAGCAACACCGUCGCCUCCGCCAUCGCCCAGGCUCUGAGCGGCAGCACCGGCGGAGCCAGCGCCAACGCGGCCGCCCAGGCCAUUGCCCAGGCCGCGGCCCAGGGCGGCGCCGCCUCCACCGCCGCCGCCAACGCCAUCGCCCAGGCUGCGUCAAUUGCUCCCAUCAACGCGGCUCAGGCCAUCGCCAAGGCGCUAAGCCAGGCGGGUGCCACUCCUGCCCAGACCGCGGGUGUCACCGGCGCCGUCACGCAGGCUGUGCAGCAAGGCAAUGCCACCACCGCCGCGGCUGUGGCCCAGGCCUUCGUGCAGGCUGUCAAUGCCGGCAAUGCGGCAGCUGUGGGCUCUGCCAUCGCCAACGCCGCCUCCAGCAGCGGCGCUGCGGCCGCUGCCGUCUCGCAGGUCCUGACGGCCGGCUACGCGCUGAACAAGACAUCCAUCGACGCCAUCGCCCAGGCCCUCGCCAUCGCCUAUGGCAAGAACGCCACCGCCGUCACCGCUGUCAUUGCGGCGGCACUGGUCCUGUCUAACGCCAACAGCGUCACGGCUGCCGGCGCCGGCUACGCCACCUACACCGCGCUGGCCGGCGGCACCUCCAGCCCCCUGGGCGCCGCCUACGCCGGAGCCCUGGCUCAAGCCGUGGCGGCGGGCGGCUGCAACGCCGUCAACAACGUCCUCGCGGCCGCCGUCAGCAACGCUCGCGCCGCCAACAACAUCAACGCGCUCGCCGCCUCGAGCGCCGCCGCCAGCUGCCUCGGCCUGUCGACCGGCGGCGGCGCCGCCGCCGCCACUAGCCCCGCCCCAGCCCCUGGUGCCGCUGGCGUGGCCUCCGUGGCAGCUGCGCUUGCCCAAGCGCUCGCAUCCGUCGGAGGCGGCGGCGCGGCUCCUGCGGCUCCCAGUUCGGGCGGUGCCAGCAGCGUGCCGGCGCCCUCCUCCCUGUCUGCCCUCGCCAGCGCCCUAGCCCAGGCCUCCGCCAGCGUCAGUGGCGGCAGCAGCGGUGUCACCACUCCCACUGGCGGUGGCGGCGGCGGCGGUGGCACCACGGCUGCGUCACCUUCUCCUUCUCCUUCUCCCACCCCCUCACCUGCUGCAUCUCCCUCUCCCGCGCCCCUGCCGUCACCCACGCCGUCGCCCCAGCCGGUCCCUGCUGGCGGCGCCGCCUCCGCUCAGGCCGCAGCCGCUGCCCAGGCUGCCGCCGCGGGCGGUGCUGGCAUUGUGGCUCAGGCGCUCGCAGCAGCACAGGCUGAGGCUACAGCCAGCGGCGGCAACGCCGCGGCCAUUGCUGCGGCGGCGGCGCAGGCCGCGUCUGCGGCUAGCGGCGGCAACACAACCGCCGCGGCUCAGGCGGCGGCGCAGGCGACAGCGACAGCGAGCGGCGGCAACGCCACAGCCGUAGCACAGGCGGCGGCUCAGGCAGCGGCCACUGCCAGCGGUGGCAAUGCAGCGGUUGCGGCUCAGGCGGCGGCGCAGGCGACGUCUACGGCCACGGGUGGCAAUGCGCAGGCUGUAGCGCUUGCUCAGGCGCAGGCGUCUGCUGCAGCAACGGGCGGCGCAGGUGGUGGUGGCGUCUCUCCGUCUCCUUCUCCUGUUGUCUCUCCUUCGCCUGUGGUUGCCAGCCCUAGCCCCAGCCCCUCUCCUUCGCCUGAGGUUGCCAGCCCCAGCCCUAGCCCCAGCAGCCCCUCUCCUUCGCCUGCGGUUGCUAGCCCCAGCCCCUCUCCUUCGCCUGAGGUUGCCAGCCCCAGCCCUAGCCCCAGCAGCCCCUCUCCUUCGCCUGCGGUUGCCAGCCCCAGCCCCUCUCCUUCGCCUGAGGUUGCCAGCCCCAGCCCCAGCCCCUCUCCCUCUCCUGAGGUUGCUAGCCCCAGCCCUAGCCCCAGCCCCUCUCCUUCGCCUGAGGUUGCUAGCCCUAGCCCUAGCCCCUCUCCUUCGCCUGAGGUUGCCAGCCCCAGCCCUAGCCCCAGCAGCCCCUCUCCUUCGCCUGCGGUUGCUAGCCCCAGCCCCUCUCCUUCGCCUGUGGUUGCUAGCCCCAGCCCUAGCCCCAGCCCCUCUCCUUCGCCUGAGGUUGCUAGCCCCAGCCCUAGCCCCAGCCCCUCUCCGCCUGCUGAGGUUGCCAGCCCCAGCCCCAGCCCCAGCCCCAGCCCCAGCCCCAGCCCCAGCCCCAGCCCCAGCCCCAGCCCCAGCCCCAGCCCCAGCCCCAGCCCCAGCCCCAGCCCCAGCCCCAGCCCCAGCCCCAGCCCCAGCCCCAGCCCCAGCCCCAGCCCCAGCCCCAGCCCCAGCCCCAGCCCCAGCCCCAGCCCCAGCCCCAGCCCCUCUCCUUAGCCUGCGGUUGCCAGCCCUAGCCCAGCUGGCGGAGGCACUGCUGGCGAGGUGGUUAGCCCCAGCCCCUCUCCGUCGCCUUCCCCCUCGCCCUCGCCCUCCCCCUCGCCCUCCCCCUCGCCCUCUCCUUCACCUUCGCCCUCUCCUUCUGGUGCUGGUGGUGCUGGUGGUGGCGGUCAGGGACAGGGCGGCUCUGGCGGCCAGGGCGGCGGCCAGGGCGGCGGCCAGGGCGGCGGACAGGGUCAGCAGGGCGGAGGUCAAGGCGGAGGUCAGGGCGGCGGCCAGGGCAACGGCCGAGGCAGCGGCAGGUGAAGCUGUUGGAACGGGGCAGUAGAUUUACGCGUAGAUGUGCACCGGCAGUGGAAGCAUUGUAGUAGGUGUCGAGGUCCUUGGGUAUGGCUCGUGGGUAUGGCUUGAUGCAAGGACAAUCACACAUUGCACGGCUGGCGCUUUAGGUCGGCACAUGCAGUUAGUCGGUUGUAAGGCAGGCACCUA